ACUUUUUCUACAGACGCUGCCUGGCCUGCCGAGUUCCUCCAGCAUGCUGUGUGUGUUACUUGGAUUUACAACAUCUGCAGAUUUUCUCCUGUUUGUGCCAAACACCUGUUGAUUCCUAGAGCUAAGAAACCAAAAUAAGAGAGAAGCAAUGUCAAACCUGUAUCAAAUAUUUUUUGGAAAGCAAUGGAGGUGUCAUAGUUAAGCUGAAAUUGGAGAAGCUGCAAAAACAAAUGAUUAAAAUGUUACAAUUCGUGUUUGUAAAAAUGAUGAGAAAUAACAAAUGGGGCAAUAAGUAUUGAUAGUCAUUAUCAAAUUCAGGAGAUAGUAGUUAGAAUAUGAAACUUGCAACCAUAUUGAACAAUUGAGGCAAAACAUAUUGUGUUCAAGAGGAAGUUCAUGAGAGAGAAAGGAGUAAAACAACAUGUUGACAGAGUUGGGCGAAGUGGGGUGAAAGGAAACUCCACAUACACCAGUAGUGACCUCGUGGGUCAAGUAGGCUAUUUCUGUGGCAUAGACUGUCUGCCAUAUGCAAAUUAGCUACCAGAGUUUAAUCCAUUACAACAUCAGUGCAUUGACUUUUGGGGUGUUCUGAGAUGGUGAUAGGUGUAAAUGUACCAAAAUGUAUAGCCUAGAGCUGGGUGGGAUGGCAUACCCAAGAUGACACUCGCAAAAUAUUUUGUUAGUGUGUGACAUGCAAUGCCCCUCAAUUCUUCAAACCCAAUCUAAAAUGAUUCUCUUUACUGCCAAAUAAAGCAACAAAUGUUUUUUUUUAUCCUGAGAGCAAUGAGAUGUUUUCACAGAAAUGUCUCACACCAGCUUGGUGCCAGCUAGACAGUUGUAAGAACAAAUGACGUUGGAUGAUACAUUUUAAAAUAGUGUACAUAUCAGUAUUUGGAUAGUAAAAGGUUACAAUAACACUAUUUAGAAAUGAUGCUCUUUUUCAAUUGUCUUUUUAAAAGAUUAAUAUUAAUCACUUCUGAACAGGUUUUGUAAAAUGUUUCAUAUUUCAAUGUCUCUUAUAAUUUUAUUAAUAAUAAAACAACACAUAAACAAAACAACAGUACUCAUCCUUUUUCCUUAAAAGUCCAUAAUUAUUGCUAAUAAUUUAAGAAUCAAUGAUAAUUCCUACUCAAAAUUACUGUGGCAUGCGUAAUAGUUUUUCCAGAAUAUUAUUGCCAAAAAGAUUUGCCAGCCCUGGCCUAGAGGAAAUACCAAGGCUAGAUCAUAAAGACAAGAAAUUCUGCAUAUGCUGGAAAUCCAGAGCAACAGACGUAAAAUGCUGGAGGAACUCAGCAAGAAAGGCAGCAUCUAUGGAAAUGAACAGUUGAUAUUUCGGGCCUAGACCCUUCUUCAGGAUUGGAAAGGAAGGGGGAAGAUGCCAGAACAAAAAAGUGGGGGAGGAGAAGGUUAGCCAGAAGGUGAAGCCAAGUGGUGGGAAAGGUAAAGGGCUGGAGACGAAGGAAUCUGAUAGGACAGGAGAAUGCACCAUAUGAGAAACCUGGAAUGGCACCAGGGUGAGGUAAUGGGCAGAGAAGAGACCAGGGUGGGGAAUAGAAGCAGAAAGAAGAGGGAGGGAUUUUUUUUUACCAGAGGUUGGAAUUGAUAUUCAUGCCAUCAAGUUGCAGACUACCCAAACAGAAUAUCAGGUGUUGCUCCUCUACCCUGAGGAUGGCCUCAUCGUGGCACAAGAGGCGGCCAUGGACUAACAUGUUGGAAAAGGAAUGAGAAUCAGAAUUAAGGUGUUGGGCCACUAGGAAGUUCCACUGUUGGUGAAUGUAACAAAAGUACUCAAUGAAGUGGUCCCCUAAUUGAUGAUGGGUCUUGCCAGUGUAGAGCGGGCUGCAUCAGGAGCACUGGAUGCAAUAGGCAACCCAGCAGAUUUGCAGAUCAAGUGUUGUCUCACCCAAAGGGACUGUUUGGGGCCCUGAAUGGAGGUGAGUAAUGAGGUGAGUGGGCAGGUAUAGCACUUUGGUUGCUUGCAGGCUUAGCUGUCGGGAGGGAGAUUGUGGGGCGGGAAUCCCUGUGGAAAGCUGAAAGUGGGGGGGGGGGAGGAGGUUAAGAUGUGUUUAAUAGUAGGAUCCCUUUGGAGAUGGUAGAAGUUGCAGAGAAUGAUAGGUUCAUGCAGAAGGUCUUGGGAUGGUAGGUAAGGACAAGAGGAACUCUUUCUGUUAAGGCGGUGGGAAGAUGUGUAGAGUGUGGGUGUACAGGAAAUGGAGGAGAUGUGGGUGAGGACAGCAUCAACACUGGAGGAAGUGAAUUCAUGUUCUUUGAAGGAGGAGGACAUCUCUGAUAUCCUGGAAAAGGAAGCCUCAUCCUGGGAACAUGUGGCAGAGACAAAGAAACUGGGAAAAGGGAAUAGCACUUUGGAGACGGUGGUAAGAGGUACAGUUAAGACAGCUGUGGGAAUCAGUAUGUUUAUAAAACCUGUUGAACAACAAUUUGUCUCCAGAGAUCGAAAAAGGGGAAGGUGGUGUCAGAAAUGGACAUAGUAAAUUCAAGGGCAGGGUUAAAGAUGUGUUGGCUAACUUGCAAGUGGACAGCAAGCAGCUGACUAAAAUAGCAACUUGAACACCAACCAUAUAAAAGAAACAGUUCAAUCCAGACCAUCAAAGGGAAGUUAUAAGAGUUUAAGAUAACAAUUAUCUUAACAAAAUAUUCUUCGGAUAAGCAGGGGGCCGUAAGGAGCAAAAUAGUCUAAAUAAAUAAAGGAAUUAAACAUUGAACAAAUCUGAUUUGCAUGAAGUAUCUAAUAUAUAUAAAUAUCGAUCUGUUGCAGAAAAUUAAACUGUUGUUAGCGAAUUAGUAAUGGGUGUCCUGAUUCUGUUAGCUCUAGGUUGAACUGAACUACUUACCCAAAUGUGGCAUCAAGCAGCCAUAGUAAAAAUGAAAUCAAUGAAUAUUUGAGAAAAACAUUUGAAUGAAUAUAGUUGAACUUCAUGCAAAUUUAGAAGCUAGUGGGUGUUGGAGGCCAGUCACGAAAUCUUAGCCAAAGUGCCUUGGGACACUAUCUUAGGGCACAACCAUUCUUAGCAUCAUUGUAGUUUCCCUUCAUCAAAGUCUGCAGGGUGGGUAGUUGAUGCAUAGCAACGAUCAGUUCCGUCCAGAACACCUCAGACAAAGAAGCAGUAAAUACCCGAAUACGUUCAGGAUUGGGCUGAUGGUGACAUUUACACCAGGUGCUUGUUAAGGAAUCAAAGUUUGUAAGAGCAUGCAAAACAGUUGAAUCCAUAUUCAGAUAUUAAACAGCGGAACAGUCCCGGCCUACGGCCUGUUCCGGCAUCGAUUUCUCACGCUCCUAUGUACUUGAGUCACGUUCAGAACUCGCUGCACCUCCAGUCCAGUUAUGCCACUGCACUUAUCCGCAAAUAAACGCAUUCCCCUGGGGAGGGGUGAUUGCGAUACAGGGAUAUAGAUAGUUGGAGCGAGGGGGGGGGGGUUAAUAUUGCAACUUGGGCCAGUGCAAGGUUAUCACAUCAUUCCUGCCUUUACGCAAACCCUUUUCUCAGCGUUCUCUGUGGUCAAAAGUCGAUCAUGCGCCGUCAAACGCGGAAGAGGUAUUAAACACUGAGUAAAGCCGCAACUCUGAAACUUGACGGAAGGUAUGUUUGAAAUUAGGAAGAUCUGCUGUAUUGGAGCUGGAUAUGUUGGUGGUCCAACCUGCAGUGUUAUUGCUCACAUGUGUCCUGAGAUUCAGAUUACAGUCGUAGACGUUAACCAAGCCAGAAUAGAAGCUUGGAACUCCAAUACACUUCCAAUUUAUGAGCCUGGUUUAAAGGAAGUGGUAGAGUCAUGCAGAGGGAAGAACCUUUUUUUCUCAGCUGACAUCGAUACUGCCAUUCAGGAAUCUGACCUUAUAUUUAUUUCGGUGAACACACCCACAAAAGUUUAUGGAAUGGGAAAAGGUCGGGCUGCAGACCUGAAAUAUAUUGAAUCCUGUGCUCGAAGGAUCGUAGCAGUGUCAAACGGGUACAAGAUAGUCACUGAGAAAAGCACUGUGCCUGUGCGAGCUGCUGAGAGUAUUCGCAGAAUAUUCCAGUCCAACAGAAAGCCAGAUCUAACUCUCCAGGUACUAUCGAACCCAGAAUUUCUGGCUGAAGGGACAGCUGUUAGCAAUCUGAUGAACCCAGACCGUGUGCUGAUUGGUGGUGAUGAAACGCCCGAAGGUCAGGAGGCGAUCCAGGCACUUUGUGCGGUGUAUGAGCGCUGGGUACCAAGAAGCAAAAUCAUCACAACUAACACGUGGUCCUCAGAGCUUUCCAAGCUGGCAUCCAAUGCAUUUCUUGCUCAGCGAAUAAGCAGCAUUAACUCGAUCAGUGCUCUGUGUGAGGCCACUGGUGCUGAUGUUGAGGAAGUUGCUCGUGCUGUGGGCAUGGAUCACAGAAUUGGAAGCAAAUUUCUCAAAGCCAGUGUUGGAUUUGGAGGGAGCUGUUUCCAGAAAGAUGUUCUAAACCUGGUGUAUUUAUGUGAAGCAUUAAACUUACCUGAAGUGGCCCAAUACUGGCAGCAGGUGAUUGACAUGAAUGAUUACCAGCGGAGAAGGUUUGCUUCCCGAAUUAUUGACUGUCUCUUCAAUACUGCCACAGAUAAAAAGAUAGCCCUUUUAGGCUUUGCUUUCAAAAAAGACACUGGAGACACACGGGAGAGUUCCAGUAUCUACAUUAGCAAAUACCUAUUGGAUGAAGGUGCAAAUCUACACAUCUUUGACCCCAAGGUUGUUAAAGAACAGAUCAUACAUGACCUGUCACAUCCCAGCAUAAUUCAGGAUAACUCUGGUCAAGUCUCUCGCUUGGUGACAAUCUGCAAUGAUGCAUAUGAAGCCUGCGACAAAGCUCACGCCAUUGUCAUCUGUACUGAGUGGGAUGAGUUCAAGCUGCUGGAUUAUGAACUCAUUCAUAAGAACAUGUUAAAGCCAGCUUUUAUCUUUGACGGCAGACGUGUCCUUGAUGAUCUACAUCCAAAACUUCAGAAACUGGGAUUCCAGGUGGAGACGAUUGGCAAAAAAGUCACUGUUCAAAGGAUUCCUUUCACACCCACGGCUGAAGUUCCUAAGUUCAGUCUACAGGAACCUCCAGCGAAGAAAGUCAAGUUGUAAAUUCAGAGAAAUAUGCUGAUUUGUCAUUUUUAUGAGUAACUAUACAUAUAGGAUAAAUGUUAAACUUUAUUUUUAAAAUGAGAUUUAAUAAAACAAAAAACAAGAAACUAUUAAAAGACAAAGGCAACAGGAGUGAAUCUGCAGAUGCUGGAAAUAAAUAAAAACACAAAAUGCUGGCAGAACUCAGCAGGCCAGACAGCAUCUAUGGGUGGAGGUAGUGACAACGUUUCAGGCCGAAACCCUUCAUCAGAAACCCUCCUGAUGAAGGGUUUUGGACCAAAAUGUCACCACUACCUCCUCCCAUAGAUGCUGUCUGGCCUGCUGAGUUCUGCCAACAUUUUGUGCUUUUAUUAAAAGACAAAUGCUAGCUAGUGUAUUUUUACCCUGAUUGUAGAUUUAUACUGACUGUACUAAUGUUUUCCUUCCUGUAACUUUUCUUUUCUCUGAAGUUGCUGAUUUGCAGGAACUACCUACUUCAUCUAAAUUCUUUGGCAGAUAUUCCCAGCAGGCUGAUUCCAUAUAUUUACACUUUUCAGCAUGAACACUUGAAUUUUCUCUCUUUCCUCACCCAGGGAGUCUGAGGAAUGUAGUGCCCUUACUGCCACUAUAUAGAUAGAAAAUGCUGGAAAUGCUAAGUAGAUCAGGAGGGAUUUGCAAGUUAGUAUCCCCCCCCCCCCUCUACUUCCCGUAGGGAUUCCCUUGUCCAUCCAUCCCUACCCACUAAUCUCCUUCCUGACAUUUAUCCCUGCAAGCGGCCGAAGUGCAACACCUGCCCAUUCAUCUCCUCUCCCACCUCCAUUCAAGGCCCCAAAUAGUCUGUCCAGGUGAGGCAACAAUUCACCUGCAGAUCUGCUGGGGUCAUCUACUGUGUCGGGUGCUCCUGAUGUGACCUCCACUGGUGAGUCCAGUUGUAAACUGGAGGACUGCUGCAUCAGGCACCUCCACUCCAUCUGCCAAAAGUGACAAUUCCCAGCGGCCAAACAUUUUAAUUCCCAUUCCAAUGUGUUGGUCCAUGGCCUCUUCCUUUACCACAAUGAGGGCACCCUCAGGGUGAAGAAGCAUUACCUUAUAUUCCAUCUGGGUAGGCCCCAACCUGAUGGCAUGAAUAUCAAUUUCUCCUUCUGAUAAAGAAAUGUUCCCCUCUCUGGCCUCUUACCUCCUCAGCUGCCUAUCACCUCCCCCUGGGUCCUUCUUCCUACUCUUUCUACUAUGGUCCACUCUCCUCUCCUAUCAGAUAGCUUCAUCUCCAGCCUUUUACCUUUCCCACAACCCAGUUUCACCUCCCACCUUCCAACGAUUCUUCUUUACCUCCUGCCACUUCUUAAUUCUGUCAUUUUCCCUUUCCUGUCCAGUCCUAAAGAAGGGCCUCAGCCCAAAAUGCCGACUGUUUAUUCAUUUCCAUAGUUCCACCCUGACCUGCUGGGUUCCUCCAGUGUUUUAUGUGUGUUAUCCUGGAAAGGAAAUGCAGUAAAUUAAACCACAAUUGGAGAGCAGAUUAAGUUUUAAAUCAAACAAGCAGGAAGAAGGUGGUCAGCAGGCCAGGCAACAUUGCCAUAGAUGCUGGCCCUUCUGUUUUUGUUUGUUUCACCAUUUGCAGUUUCUUGUUUCACCUGGACUGAAAUCAAAUGAUUCACACAUGGAGCUUCCCAGCCUAUAUGAUGCCACAGUACCAAAUUAACCUAUCAUAUGUGAAACACUAAACGUGUAUUUUUGUUAACAGAUAUUUAAUCUUAUUAAAUCCUGGAUGUAAUAUGUACUUUAAAGUUGCCAUCUUGUCUGUAAUGUAAACAAUACGUUGGAUAUUUUAAAUGAUUUCAGAACUCGUUAGAAAUUGGAGAAAAGCUGGUGAUGACAUCUCUAAAAUCUAAAUUAAUACUACACAGACUCUGAUUGUGUUUUGACUAAAUGGUCAUAAUCACCAACCUGUUUACUGAAUUGGCCAAUAUAGGGUGUGAGGUAAAGACAAAGAAUGGAUUCAUUAGAUAAACAUCACAGCCAUGCUCCAAACACCUAAACAUGGAGAAAUGGCUUAAAAGUCAGCCUUUUUCUCUUUUUUAAUGCAGCUUUUAAAUCAUAACUUUGUAUUUGAGUGUCCAAAACUGGAAUUGAUAUUUUGUUGACAUCAGUAACUAGUCAUACAGAAUUUUCCACAUGUGAUGAGACUUCAGCCAUUUGGAACUAAUAUUUGAACAUCACCAAUCCCCAUGGUUAGCAUUCAGUUUAAAGGUCCAACCACACCAUUGAAACAAUUGUAUCAUUUGGUGACAGAUUUCACCGAGGUGAUCUUAUGAAGCCACUUUGUGUUUUAACCUUGUUCAUCGGGAGCACAUUUAGAGGAAUGAAGCAGUAAUUUUAAAUAGAUAUAAAGCCGUGGCUUGCAGUUCAUGAUUUCCUGAUAGGCAGUUCCUGCCAUGAAGCCAACUGCUGUGAGCACAUUUUGUAACAUUUUUCUCAUUGAUGGAAUAAUUCUGGGAAACCAGUUCUGUUUCAACUGAUGGACACCCAGGGUACAAGAAUUUCUAUUAUGUGUCAUUAAUUCACUCAAGAUAUAAGGAUUUGAGACUGUUCAAAAACAGAUCAUUGUAACAGUAAUUAGUGUUAUCACCUCUACAUCAACAUUUAUAUGACUGUGAAAUGGUUGUAAUGUUAAGCUUCAUUAAAACAUCUUAAUAACUAUUUUCAUAUGCAAUGAUAAGAGUUGUUUUGUUUAAUUCUUGCUUACUAAAAGACUGUCAUUUGCAUGGAAAGUUCAUUUAUUAACUCUAGCCUGAAGGAGAAUGGCUACAGAUGCUCAACAUGUAAAUCAUUGUAACAAAUAAAACAACUUUGAAUCUCCAA